AUGGCUCUGAUGUUCACGGGGCAUACUUUAUUUCUAGCAUUAAUGAUGUUUGCUGUCUUCACUUUUGAAGAAUCUGUAAGCAAUUACUCUGACUGGGUGACUUUCAUAGAAAAUGUAGAUCAAUAUGAAAAACAGCAACUUGAAGGUCUUAGUGCUGAGCAGAAGCUGAAAAAAACAGCUCUUCACCCAAGCUUGUAUUUCGACGCUGAAGAUGUCCAGGCACUGAGGCAGAAGGCUCAUACAAGCCAUUCCCAUCUAUUUAGAGCCAUCAGAAGUGCGGUGACGGUUAUGCUAUCCAACCCAUUAUACUACCUACCUCCACCCAAGCACGUUGAUUUUGCUGCAAAGUGGAAUGAGAUUUAUGGUAACAAUCUGCCACCUCUAGCAUUUUAUUGUUUGCUGUGCCCCGAAGAUAAAGCUGCGUUUGAUUUUGCCCUAGAAUAUAUGGAUAGAAUGGCUGGCUACAAAAACUGGUUGGUUGAGAAUGCACCUGGAGAUGAAGUGCCCCUCGGUCACUCCCUAACAGGAUUUGCCACUGCUUUUGACUUCUUGUAUAAUUCACUGGAAAAUGAGAGAAGGCAAAAAUACCUGGAGAAGAUAUGGUCUGUAAGCAAGGAAAUGUAUGAGUACUCAAAGGUUCGUUCCUGGGGAAAGCAGCUUCUCCAUAAUCACCAAGCAACCAAUAUGCUUGCUUUGCUUAUUGGGGCUUUAGUUGCAGGGGUGGACAAAGGAUCUCAGGCAAAUAUUUGGAAACACACUGUUGUCGAUGUGAUGGAGAAAACAAUGUUUCUGCUCAAUCAUAUUGUAGACGGGUCUCUGGAUGAGGGAGUAGCUUAUGGGAGUUACACAGCCAAGUCAGUAACCCAGUACGUUUUCCUGGCCCAGCGCCACUUUGGUAUUAACAAAUUGGAGAAUAACUGGCUCAAAAUGCACUUUUGGUUUUACUAUGCCACCCUAUUACCAGGCUUUCAGAGGACUGUGGGCAUAGCAGAUUCUAAUUACAACUGGUUUUAUGGUCCUGAGAGCCAACUGGUUUUCUUGGAUAAGUUUAUCAUGAAGAAUGGAGCUGGCAACUGGCUGGCACAGCAGAUUAGAAAACACAGGCCCAAGGACGGGCCAAUGGUGCCAUCCACUGCACAGAGGUGGAGCACACUACACACUGAAUUUAUAUGGUACGCUGCUGAAAUCACUCCUCAGCCACCUCCUGACUAUGGUACUGCUAAAAUGCACGUGUUUCCUAACUGGGGAGUUGUUACUUACGGGGCUGGAUUGCCAAACAGUCAGACAAACACCUUUGUGUCCUUUAAGUCUGGAAAACUCGGUGGACGUGCUGUCUACGAUAUUGUUCACUUUCAACCGUAUGCCUGGAUUGAUGGGUGGAGAAGUUUCAAUCCGGGACAUGAACAUCCUGAUCAGAACUCUUUCACUUUUGCUCCCAAUGGGCAGGUGUUUGUAUCUGAGGCUCUUUAUGGACCUAAACUCAGCCACCUGAACAAUGUCUUGGUCUUCGCUCCAUCUCCUACAAGCCAGUGCAACCAGCCUUGGGAGGGACAGCUUGGUGAGUGUGCCCAGUGGCUGAAGUGGAUUGGUGAUGAGGUUGGAGACUCAACUGGAGAAAUUAUAACAGCCUCCCAGGCUGGAGACAUGAUGUUUGUGAGUGGUGAGGCGGUAUCUGCUUACACAUUAGCAAUGAAAUUGAAAAGUGUGUAUCGUGUUUUGCUGCUCUUAAAUUCUCAGACAUUGUUAGUAGUAGACCAUAUCGAGAAGGAGGAAGACUCUCCUGUUAAUUCUGUCAGUGCCUUUUUUCAUAAUCUUGACAUUGAUUUUAAAUACAUACCCUAUAAAUUUAAGAACAAAUACAAUGGAGCUAUGAUGGAUGUGUGGGAUGCCCACUACAAGAUGUUUUGGUUUGAUCAUCAUGGGAGUAGUCCUGUUGCUAGGAUACAGGAGGCAGAACAAGCUGCUGAAUUCAAAAAGCGAUGGACUCAGUUUGUAAAUGUUACCUUUCCAAUGAAAAACACGCUUACAAGGAUUGUUUACCUUUUCUAUGGCCCAUAUGUCAACGUUUCUAACUGUAGACUCAUAGAUAAUGCAAAAUCUGGAUUUCAGAUUUCACUCAGUGUCAACAACACUGAAAAUACCAUCGCUAUUGUGACUGACUAUCAGAAUUUAAAGACAAGGUUCGAUUACUUGGGAUUUGGUGGUUUUGCCAAAGUGGUUCAUGAAAACAAAGUGACCAAGUUUGGUCUAGGUACUGAAUCUGUGGAAAAACAGACAAAAAAUAAUAGGGUGGUUUUCCCAUUUGGAUUCAAAGUGAACAUAAUUGCAGGGUUAAUUUUGGGUGUUAGUUUGGUCAUACUGGCUUUUCAGUGGCGGUUUUACAUAUCCUUUGGUAAAAUGUUGCGUUGGAUCCUGAUACUGGUUGUCACACUGUGGCUUAUUGAAUUGGUGGAUGUGUGGAGCAUGUGUACUCAGCCCAUCUGUGCAAAAUGGAGCAGUGACAUGACAAGGCUAGAACAUGAUAAAGGCAAUAAAGCCAAACAAUUAGAAGGAAACCCCGUUGUUUUGCCAGAUGUUAUCAUUACUUCACUUCCCGCUUCUGGUGCAGAAAUUUUAAAACAGCUGUUUUUCAAUAGUAGUGACUUCUUAUACAUCAGGAUACCUACACCCUAUCUCGAAAUUCCUGAGACUGAAUUUGAAAUUGAUUCCUUUGUAGAUCCAUGUGAAUGGAAGGUUUCUGAUGUCCAGAAUGGUCAUUUUCGUCUUAUCCAAGGGUGGCUCCAGUCUCUAGUUCGAGGCACAAAGUUACAUUUACAAAACAUUCAUUUAUAUGAAGCCAGCAGAAGUAAAAUUGCUCAGCAUUCUACCAUAAGCAAAGACAAAAAGAAAAGAUCCAAAAAGAGAGAAUCUCUGUCAGAGCAAAGAAGCAGGGCAAGAGGGAGUCAAGAUAAAGAUGCUGAAUAUAUUAGGGAACUGAGAAGACAUCUCGUCUAUUAUCCUAAUGCACGACUUGUGCUCAGUUUAAGUAGUGGGAGCUGGACAUUAAAGCUUCCCUUCUUUCAGGAAAUCCUAGGAUCAUCAAUGAGAGCAUUAUAUGUAGUAAGGGACCCACGGGCGUGGAUCUAUUCAAUGUUGUACAAAAAUAAGCCAAGCCUUUACUCCUUGAAAAAUGUCCCACAACACUUGGCUGCAAUGUUUAAAGGGGAGAAUGGUAAAGGAAAAUGUAGUUUAAAUGAAGGCUAUUCCUUUGAAUAUGAAUCAUUAAGAAAAGAACUUUCAAACUCUAAUUCAAAUGCUGUUUCUGUGUUGUCCUAUUUAUGGCUAGCAAACACAGCAGCAGCACUGAGAAUAAAUGGGGGCUUGCUGCCAACAAAUUAUCAGCUGGUCAAGUUUGAAGAUAUUGUGAGCUUUCCUCAGAAGACAGCUGAAACAAUUUUUGCCUUUCUUGGUAUUCCUCUUCCUCCUGCUAGCUUAAACCAAAUAUUAUUUGCCACCUCCACCAGUCUUUUCUAUCUUCCUUAUGAAGGGGAAAUUUCACCAAGUAGCAUUCAUGCCUGGAAACAAAACAUGCCCAAUGAAGAGAUUAGACGGAUUGAAGAUAUCUGUUGUUCUCUAAUGGACCACUUAGGAUACCCAAAGUUUAUAGAAUAAAUGCUGCCGGUCAGCAGAAAUUUGCACUAAUGAUCUCUGACUCCCAAUUUGUGGAUAAAUAUUAGAGAAGUUUGUUUAUUCUUGUAAAAUGUGUACAGUCUGCUACUUUCAGAGAGAUUAUUUUAAGAAAAAGAUAGUUGUUCCUGCGACUGU